UAGAGAGAACCGAUCCUUAAACAAAUUUAAUUUUAUAAAAAAAAAUAAAAUAAAAAACCCCUUAGAAAAGACAACCCAAAUGGCAAGCAAUGAGUGCACCACAUGUAGAUCCGACGACCCCACAAAAUAUGCCAUUUCUCUCUUGAAUUCCAUAUGCCACUCCUUAAAAUUCCACCCUCCCACGUGUCACACUCUCCCUCAAAAAUCUCCCCUUUUAACGCCGUCACUCCCACCCUUCCUCUCCACUUCCCUUUCUCCGUCAAAUCUAACUCCGUCAAUUCACCCAUUCCUCGUUUCUUUCACCCUCCAACAUCCCACCCCCCUCCAUACACCCUCACAUUCUCCCAUUCAUCCUCCAUUUCCUCUCUCCUCCUUUUCCUCUUCCGCCAUUGAAGCAGCCAUGUCCGACCUUCCCCAAGAACACCAUGAAUCCUUGAUGGACAAGAUUUCUGAUAAGAUUCACGGUCACCAUGAUUCCUCUUCGUCUUCUUCAGAUGAUGAAGGUCAUGAAAAGAAGAAGAAAUCCCCUGUUUCUUCUCCUUCUUCUGCUCAUGUUCCUCCUCCUGAUGUUCUUCCUGAGCCUGAGGUUUCUGCUGCUGUUCCUUCUUCUACUUCGUCUAAGAUCUACCGCCUUUUUGGUCGCGAAAAGCCUGUUCAUCAGGUUCUCGGUGGUGGCAAACCUGCUGAUGUUUUCCUAUGGAGGAACAAAAAGAUUUCUGCCUCUGCACUUGGUGUAGCUACUGUUGUUUGGUCUGUUUUUGAGUUGCUUCAAUAUCACUUGCUGACCCUUCUCUGCCACAUUUUGAUAUUUACCCUUUCGGUCCUUUUCCUCUGGUCAAAAGCAUCUGCAUUUCUCAACAAGGCUCCUCCAAGUAUUCCCGAUGUUCAUAUUCCCGAUAAUGCUCUCAGAGAAUUUAUCUCAGUAUUAAGAUUUGAGAUCAACCGAGCUCUUUCAUUGUUACGGGACAUUGCCUCUGGGAAAGAGCUUAAAAAAUUCCUCGCAGUGGUAGCAGGCUUGUGGGUUCUGUCAAUUGUAGGCAGUUGGUUCAACUUCCUGACUCUUGUUUACCUAUUGUUUGUUCUGUUGCACACUGUACCUGUGCUCUAUGAGAAGUAUGAGGACCAUGUAGAUUCUUUCGCUGAGAAGGCAUCAAAGGAGCUCAAGAGGCAGUAUGCUGUAGCCGAUGAGAAGUUCUUGAGUAAGAUUCCAAGAGGGCCCUUGAAAGACAAGAAGGCUGCAUGAGGAGAUAAAUUAGAGCUAGCUAUGAGUCUAUGACAAGGUUCACGCUGACAUUUGCCCUGCUGCUGUUGUUUUUUGGGUAGAAGUUUCAACUCUUUAUGUGGUUUAGGACCCCUUGUUAAUUGUUUUUCGACGUAUAUGAGUUCAUAUUUGAAAUGAACCAGGUGCUUUGUAAGAUAGUUCCUAGUCCUGGAAUCUGUUUAAACACCUAUAGCUUCUAGUAUUAUAUUCAGUACCUUGCAAUAUUGUAGGAUGAAGUAGAUGAAAAAUAAUGUAAUUUUGUACUUUCAUACCCUCGAUUAUGCCUUGCUUUCUGUCACUCCUUCAAUCCUCUUGCAUGAGCUGUGUUAAAGGAGUAAUGUUGGUGAAUAAAUAUCUAGUAAAUUUUUGAUCUUGUUAGAAUAAAAGCUAUCA